AGGAACCCUGGGAGAACGAAAGUGCUCACAAAUCUCUUCAGAGGCCAUUCCUAGGCAACCCAGCUUCCUCCAGCCAGGACGCAGAGACAAAGAGAAGCCAGAAGGCAAGCUAACCCUAAUCCACAGAACCAUGUAGUUUACAUGCUCGCUGCUGCUGUUUAUUGCCUAAACCCUACAGCUAAAACACCACAGCCAGCUAGGAAAAACAGGCCGAAGAUGCCAACCGCUUUCGUGGUAACCUGAGUCUCCUCCAGUGACCCAGGAAGCCGCGGGCUAAGCCUCCCCGUCGGGGCCUGGCGACAGCUCCCCAGCCAGAACCACGGAAGGGAGAGGCCUGGUGCCCGCGUCCAGUCUCACUCCCCGGUGGCGGCGGCGGUGGAGGCUGCGGCCUGGAAGGGGGCGGUGCUGGGAUCCUCCGGGCUGGACCGCCCAGAACCGAAAGCAGCUGCUGCGGGGAAGGGGGAGGAAGGAGAGUGGCGGCUGCAGGGCCGGGAGGUGAGAGCCGGGCCCGGAAUGUGCGCCCGGCCGGCAGGCGCUGCUGGGCCAUGGCUCUGCGGCUGAUCACCCACUUCGACGUGCGGGCGGACGUGCUCCCGAGUUUGCGGGCCCAGGCGGCAGCAGCGGCCGAAGGAGGCGGCGCAGGUACAGUAUUUUAUGGCGUGGCCUGGCCUUUUGAAGAAGAGCCUUCCCUUGGUACUAUGAGCAUGGUCAGUUCCUUCAGGGAUUGUCCCCAGCUAGCUUCUCCAGGUGUUCUAGAAACAGCUUAUGAGAGCUUGCGUGUGCUAAACAUCGAAAGAGAUGGAAACAUUCUUUAUACCUAUAAGGAUAUUAAGGGGAAUGCUGUCUUUGGAUUAUAUGACUGCCAAACCAGACAGAAUGAGCACCUGUACACCUUUGAGAGGGACAUGCAAGCUGUCAGCUGCUCUGUCAACAGCGAGAGGACUUUGCUUGCUGCAAGUUUCGUCCAGUACACUAAAGAUGUAAGGAGUGAGCUUCAGCCGGGGUCAAAGUGCUUAACGCUGCUGGUUGAAAUCCAUCCUGUCAACCACGAGAAGGUUCUGAAAGCGGUGGAUAGCUGUAUUUGGGUACAGUUCCUCUACCCAGACGUUGAAGGCCGUCUUCUCCAGAACCACCUCUUACUGAUUUCAGAAGAGAAAUAUAUUGAGCGGUUUCAUAUCCAGAUCGCCAGAGAAGAUGGGAACAGAGUGGUCAUUAGAAAUUCUAUCCACCUCCCAAGAGACAGAAUAGCUGAAGAUUUUGUUUGGGCUCAAUGGGAUAUGUCUGAGCAGAGAUUAUACUACAUUGAACUGGAGAAAUCAAAGAGUGUCUUGAAAUGCAUCCAGUUUUGGGAGGACGAAAGCUUUAAUUUAAUGUUUGAAAUGCCCUUGGACAUAUCAUUGAGUGGCUUAAGAUUUAAGUUUGUCAACUUUGGAUAUGAUUAUCAUCAAGACCAAGAGAAGUCACGGAACCAGCCUUCUCUUUGCAUUUUUACCAGCCACACAGGGGGUUUGUGUGUGUGUUACAGCCCAAAGUUUGACUCUGGGGAAGAAGUCACAUACUCGGUGUUUUAUCUUCAUAAAGGAUACAGAAAGACCUUCACUGCCGCUCCUGGGAGUGCUGGCUCACACGCGACAGAGGGCAUGACUUUCCUCAACCUCGGCUGCCUCGUGGCUGUUUAUUUCCCUGGUCAUUUCCUCCACUUACUUAACGUUCAGCACCCAGACUUCACCUGCCACAGUCUGUUUCUGACAGGAAACAGCGAAAUGGCUGCCGUGCUACCUCCUGGUCCCUUGCGGGUUCUGCCGGGGUCCCUGGUUCUGGACUGCUCCUCUGGCAAGCUCUACAGAGCAGCCCUGGACCAGUCGUUCUUGAUGUGGUUCCUAUGGAACUCCGCCCACCUAGACUGCGAGAAGAUGGCCGCUUUGCACUGCGUGCUCUCCUGUGCACAAGACCCAGGUUUCCAGGACGACCAGAUUAUUCAGUGGAUUUGUGAACGCGUCUCUGCCUGCCAUUCAUUUGACCUCAUCCAGGAAUUUCUAAUCACUUCUUCCUACUGGAGCAUGUAUCCGGAUCUGGCCGGCGUGGACAGGCUUCUACCUUACUCCUCUGUGCUGACGUGGAACACAGAAAUUCCUGGAUUAAUGCUUGUGACAGAAGAGCUCCCGUUGCCUCUUAUGAAGGUCUACAGUUUGACGGGGUACUGGGCCAAGCUGAACGCCAACCUCGAGUAUGUUAAGUACACGAAGCCCCACUUGCACUACCACAACAGUGUUGUGAGGAGAGAGUGGUACAACCUGAUCACUGAAGAGAAAACGGGGCAAAGAAGGUCCACAGUGUAUGUGAAGAACAUUCUCGACAACGCAGCCAGGGUGAUUUCUAACAUGGAGUCAAGGGCACUGGAGCCAAGGUUGAUACCUCUCCUACAAGAGGAAGAUCGGCACCAGAGGCUGCUCGUGGGUCUGAUGGUGUCUGAGCUAAGAGAUCAUCUAUUGAGACACCUGCAGGGUGUAGAAAGGAAGAAGAUCGAACAGAGAGUUCUGGACUACGUUUCAAAACAGCUGAAUCUCAUUUGGUGCAUGCUGGAGACCAGCUGGAGGAAACACAGUGCACGUCCUUGGGUUCUCCACCUCAAUAACCAUGGCAGCGCUGCACACUUUGAAGUCUUUCACCUCAUGACCAGGAUUUUGGAUGCCACAAGCAGCCUGUGCGUCCCCCUCCCUCCUGGUUUCCACUCUCUGCACACGCUCCUUGGGGUACACUGUCUCCCUUUGUACAACCUGCUGCACUACAUCGACAACGGGGUGCUGCUACUCACAGAGACUGCGGUCACCAGGCUUAUGAAGGAUCUGGACAAUUCAGAGAAGAAUGAACAGCUAAAGUUCAGCAUCAUCGUGCGGCUCCCUCUGUGUACCGGGCAGAAGGUCUUCCGGCUUUGGGACCAUCCCAUGAGCUCCAACAUCAUCUCCCGGAAUCACGUGGCGCAGAUGCUCAGGAGCUACAAGAAAGAGCCUCGAAACUCUAUGAUUGGCAAGUCAUCGUUCUCAACAGAAUUUCUGCCUCUGAACUACUUCAUUGACAUUCUGGCAGGCCUGGAGUCCUCACACCAAGCUUCGAGGGAUUUUGAAGGCCAUGACAGCGUGGAUGCAGACUUUGUCGAGGAAGCUGCUCUGAAACACACCUCGGUGCUCUUGGGUUUAUGAAAGUCAGCGUGCAGAUGGUCUGCGUUCAGCGUCUCAACGCUGUUUCCCCCCCGCCUUUCCUGGGAAUUCUUUAGUGCUCCUUCAGAGCAGUAACAGGUCAGAAUAUACCGCGGAGCUCCUCGGGCUUCGGUUUAGGUCUCGUGAAAACUGAGCGUGUCCGCACCCUGUCCAGUGGGAGCAGCCAGAGAACAGUCAAGAGUCAAGAUGUGUGGCAGGAACAGUGCUCUUCCUGGCGGCUCAGUGGGCCAGGAGCUAGUUCUGCUGCGUUCCGGGAUCAAGUAAAGAACAGAGGGCACAAUGCUUUGAACGGGAAGAGCUAGAUAGACCGCUGGAAAUAACAUAAAGCGAGCAGAAAAAUUAAAUGUUGCAAAGAGGAUUUAAGAAGAACCUGGGUUUGGACUAAACAAGACCUGCCAUUUCCAGCACCGAGUAACUGUGACAAACCGCAUUUGUGCGUACAGGGCGUGAGCAGCCUCUGCCUGUGUGGUGGUUCAGAGGGAUGUGUAUUUAAUGUUUGUAUUAACGGAAGUCUGAUUUAACAAUGCCUUCUCAUUAAACAUGACCUCCAGUGCGUAAA